UGAGUAUAUAUAUCAUGAUUUUGAAUAUAUUUGCCUCGACUCGCAAACCUCAAAAGCAAGCCUCUCGAUCGUUGUCGUGUCCUUAGGAUCCUAUCCACUAAAGCUAACAUCAAAUAGUCCCCGCAGUCUUCACGCCCUUCUUCUUUUUCCACCCUACCAUUCUCACUUUCACAUCUCUCUCUCUCUCUCUCUCUCUCUGUAUCCAAGAAAAAUGUCAUCAGUCAACCAUUACUCAAGAGACGUCGACCAGGCUACUCUCUGGUGGCAACACCACCGCUGCCAAAACGACGCCGUUUCUCCGCCGGAAACCUCCGAGACAUGGCGGCGGAAUCAAUCCCUCAACGACGUCGCAUCGUCGUUACAGAACGACCCGAGUAGUAGUAGUUGUGGUAUCGAACAUUAUCCUCCACCAUUAGAAACCCUACUCUUCGAGAAGUCUCUCACGCCAAGCGACGUUGGAAAACUCAACCGCCUCGUCAUCCCCAAACAACACGCCGAGAAGUACUUCCCCCUUAACGGGUCCUCCUCCGCCGUCUGCAGAGGUGGAGACACGGCGGAGGCGGCUGCGGCGGAGAAGGGGAUGUUGCUGAGGUUCGAGGACGAAGCGGGGAAGUGUUGGGUUUUCAGGUACUCGUAUUGGAACAGUAGUCAAAGCUACGUGUUGACCAAAGGAUGGAGCAGGUACGUCAGAGAGAAACAGCUCGACGCCGGCGACGUCGUCUUCUUCCUACGCCACCACUCCGAUGACCGGAGAAUCUUCAUCCGGUGGCGGAGACGCGGCGGAGGUGGUGUUUUAGUGAAUACGACGCCGUUUUCGAGCGGUGUGGCCACGUCGACGGCGCCACCGUCUUAUCAUCAAUUUCAUCACCAGGUCCACGCAUCUAGUUAUCCUCACUCUGGAGGCAUCGCCGCAACGGAGGCGGCGGAGAAUCAGUCGGCGGCGAUGGGGCCGAGUUCCAGGACGGUGAGGCUGUUCGGAGUUGAUUUGGAGUGCCAACGUGACCACGACGAUGACAUGGCAGUGGCCGCCGAUCCA